GUUUUGUGGUGGGUUAUCUAGGUAAUACAGAGAGAGAGAGAAAGAGAGAGAGAGAAAGAGAGAGAGAGAGAUAGGCUCGGAAGAGCUGGCUGGAUGGUGGUACUCCUCUCUUUUCACUAUUAUUGUGAAGUUAUCAUGGCUGAGGUUCAGUGCAGCACUGAUACAACUGAGGAAGAUGCUACCGAACUCCAGUUCCCAAAAGGUACAGUUAUACAGUUUUUGGAUGAUCACUGAGGACCAGUGGAAGAAGAAUGAAACCGUUCUCUAAGGCGAAGAAUAUUGAAGUCUGGCAGAAAGUCCUCAGCUUUACGAAAGGAGGAUGAAAGAUUUUCAGGCUUUGAUGCUUUGUUGGAAGUUGGUAUGGAGACUGGUGGGCUACUGGAUUCAAUUGCCGACCCUUUUGUUAAAUGCAAGCACUGUCAUGGUGUUGCUAAGGAACCUUAUAUAAAGUGUAUGCAGUGUGAAAAGUCAGUGAAUAGUAAUUAUGUUGUUAUAUGUAUACGAUGUUUCAGUAAAGGAGCAGAAUUUGGUGUGCACAAAAAUGACCAUUCCUAUAUGGUUAUUAGAACUGACUUUAGUCUACUUGAUCCUAGUUGGCAAGCUAAGGAGGAAAUUAUGCUGAUAAAUGCAAUAAAUGAUUGUGGUAUUGGUAACUGGCCUGACAUAAGCUUUCGUGUUCCAGGCAAAUCUGCAGAACAAUGUAAAGCUCAUUACACAAAAUAUUAUAUUGAAAAUGCCCAUCCAGAAUUGCCUCAGGUAGUAUGUAGAGAAUCAUUACAGACAGUCGUUCCACAACCUGUUACAUACAUAGGAGGUAUAGAUGAUCCUCCCCGACCCAUCCCAGGAACAACUGCAUGUCGUGAUAUGGCUGGAUAUAAUGCUGCUCGGGGAGACUUUGAUGUUGAGUAUGACAACAAUGCUGAAGUAGACAUACAAGAUUUAGAUUUCAUGUUAUUUGAAGAAGAUGAAAAACCUUCUCUGGGUUUAGAGCUACAAAUUGCCCUGCUGGAUAUAUACCGAAGGAGACUGGGAGAGCGGUACAAGCGAAAGAAGCUUGUCAGAGAUCAUGGUCUGAUUGCAAUGAACAAAUCAAUGGCGUCUCUCAAUCGUUAUCGGCCUUAUGUUCCACAGAACUUUGCUGACGCUCUUCCAAAAUUUUUUAGCAUUGUAACUUCGCUGGAAAUUGACUUAAUUUUAGAAGGCUUGAAAUGUGAAUCUGAAGUGAAACAGCAGAUUGGUGACUUAAUGGAGUAUAUUUCCAAUGGUAUUUCAAAACAAACAAGUAUAAUGACAUAUGAAACCCUGAAAAGAAAACGUGAAGCAAAUAUUAGAGAAAAGCGCAAUCUUGUGGUUUCAGAAAAUGAUGGCGUAGACAUAAAGUGGAAUGUUGUCACGAAAAAUAUUGCUAAUCUAGAAUCAACCAUUCCAGGAGCUUCACGAAGAGUCAGCAUACCUCUGAACAUUGCAGGAAAGCCAGGUUAUGAUAAUCUCAAUGAUACUGAGAAACAAAUUGCUUCUGAGCUUCGUUUACUGCCUGAAGAUUUUCUUCGGUUUAAAUCAGCAUUUAUUGAUGAGUGUCGAAAGUUGGAUGGUCUAAGAUUAGCACAGGCUAGGACACUAAUCAAAAUAGAUGUUAAUAAGAUAAGAAAAAUAUUUGAUUAUUUGUUGUCUGUUGGCCUCAUUUAUACUCCAAAAAAAUAGCAUAUUGUAUUAUAGAAGGAUAUUGUAAGUUAAAACAGUUAGUAAUUAGCAUUUAGAGUAAGAGGUCCUACUGUAAUACAAAAAAAUAGUUUAAUGUCGCUCUCACAAGGAAAACAGUUGCAACCUAGGUUUUGGAUGUACUACUACUAAGAGCAACAUCUCCAGACACUACAUUGUUUUCCAAUGCAAUAUGAAUACAGCUGUAUUUGAAAUCAAGUAUUUUACAGUGGUAGUACUGUAUUGAAGUAGGUACUGUACUAAGUUAUAGUAUGGUGUACAAUAUUAAAAUGUCACAUUGACAGUAUUACACAGUCCUUCACAUAGUGAUGUUUAUUAUGUUUUUACAGUCCUAUAUUAUCAUGGCUAGUUAAGAGUAUUGUAAGUAAUGGGAAGAUACCAUCAAUUAGUUGAGAAAUACAAUGGUGAUAUAGUAUUGUACUGUUGUAUUUACAAAUACAAUAUAAUCUUUUACUUUCAUUGUUCAUUGUGCAGAAAUACCAAAGAAAUGGAAUAUGUAUAUUAAGUUUAUUACAUAGUGUUUUAUAUUUUUGUACAGGGGCUUAAGAAAAAUUGCUGUAUGUAAUAGUGUGUCAAUAAAAACUGUUCUGAA